AUGUAUUCGGAAAGCAGACGCCAAGAAGAUGAAAUGAUGAAAAUGCUUGUAUCGAUGGUUUAUGAUGAGAGAGUGAAGUCUGGUGUAGUGUCCAAUCAUGAGGUAUACAGAAUGGUGUUGGAAAGCGAGAUUGAUGAUUGUAUUGUGCCAAUAGGGAAAGAGCCCAAUAGUGAAGAGUCCAUUAGUGAAGAGUCCAUUAGUGAAGAGUCCAAUUGUGAAGAAUCCUGUUGUAAUUGUGAAGAGCCCAAUAGUGAAGAGUCCAUCAGUGAAAAGUCCAUUAGUGAAGAGUCCAAUCGUGAAGAAUCCUGUAGUAAUCGUGAAGAGCCCAAUAGUGAAGAGUACAAUCGUGAAGAAUCCUGUUGUAAUCGUGAAAAGCCUAAUAGUAAAGAGUCCAUUAGUGAAGAGUCCAAUUGUGAAGAAUUCUGUUGUAAUCGUGAAGAGUCCAUUAGUGAAAAGUCCAAUCGCAAAGAAUCCUGUUGUAAUUGUGAAGAGCCCAAUAGUGAAGAGUCCAUUAGUAAAGAGUCCAAUCGUGAAGAAUCCUGUUGUAAUCGUGAAGAGCCCAAUCAUGAGGAAUCUAGUUGUAAAGAGUGCAAUUGCAAAGAGUCCAAACGUAAAGAGGCCAAUCGUGGAAAGUCCAGUUGUAGAGAAAAAAAGGAACAUGGAUUUCAUGCUAGAAAAAAUAGAAAGAACUCCAAAUACAGAGUGGCAAAUAAUUGGGAGUGA